ACAUAAACUCCAUUAAUUCUCCUUUUUCUUCCACACCUCCAAUCCCUCACAACUUGCGUGAGUUGGAUCGUAGCUUCUCCAACGCAGAGAAACCAAAUAAUUUUACCAGCUUAUUCAAGGAGAUCUUGAUCGGUUUCUACAGCUUCCUCAUUAAACAUGGAAAAUCCUCCAACUUAUUUUCAUGGCCGCAACAGCGCAGACACGAUGAAAGUUGAAGCCAAAAUUCAACCUUUGAGAGCUAAUAACAUAUCUGAGGGAGGAGGGUCUUCUGGGUCAGAGAGAAAGGUGAAAUCAGGACAGAAGGGAGAGAAGCAGAUCAAAAAGCACAGGUUUGCAUUUCAAACGAGGAGCCAGGUUGAUAUACUUGAUGAUGGGUACCGGUGGAGAAAAUAUGGGCAAAAGGGGGUGAAGAACAGUAAAUUCCCCAGAAGUUACUACAAGUGUACGUAUAAAGGGUGCAAUGUUAAAAAGCAAAUACAACGCCUUACAAAAGAUGAAGAGAUUGUGGUAACGACCUAUGAAGGGAUGCACACACAUCCUCUACAGAAGACUACUGAAAGCUUUGAACAGAUCUUUAGACAGAUACAAGCAUAUGCUCCUCUAUGAAGUAACAUAAACCAAUAUUAAUGCCGAGUGUCUCAAACCACGCACUUCUUAAUUAAUGCAUGUAAUAUUAAAUAUGUACUGAUUAAUUAAUGUAAUUUUCAACUUUUAUGUAAAGCAUCAGAUAUGAGAUGAAUGAAUUGAUCAGGACAAUCAUCUUAUUUGUACAUAA